UGCUAACCCUAACGUGGAGGAGAAACAGCAAUUGAUUUUCUCGGAAGUGGCACAGAAUGCCGGCAGAUGGUCCAUCGUCGUAGGUAUCCGGAAGAUAUCGCCGUUUUCACGGUUUAGGCUGCUACCAUUUUGCUCGUCUCCACUUCGGGAAUCCCUUUUUCAUCUCAACUGGUUCUGCUAAUUUUCGGUGUAAAUCGUAUAUUGUCUAGGCAGUUGCAUCGAUUCAUAUUCGAAAUAGUUAUUAAGUUGAUUCGGUUGUGCAAGUAUCGUAUCGUAAUCUGCCGUUCCAGUUUCCAGUCGCCCGAUACAAAUUUGUGCCGGCGGCAAUGGGAAUGAAACUUUUCGAUGACGAUGGCGACGUCUCCGGUGAGCUGUCCAAAAUUGAGAUUAAUCCUGAAUUUGCGAAGAAGUACGAGCAUAACAAGAAGCGGGAGGAACUUCAGAAAUACGAGGAGCUCAAGAAGCAAGGUCGAAUCGAUUCUUCAAGCUCAGACUCGGAAGGGGAGCCUUCCGAGGACGAACCAUUGAUCGAGGCGGAUAAGAAAUCGGAUGUCAAGUUUCUUGAAGCGCUAUUAAAGUUGAAAAAUAAUGACCCCGUACUGAGUAAGAAGGAUGCAAAGUUGUUCGAUUACGAUGCUGAGAGUGACGGCGAAGGCGAAGACGAAGACGAAGGCGAGAAAGCGAGGAAGGAUAAAAAAAGGCCAAUGUACUUGAAAGAUGUCGUUUCGCAGCAUUUGAUUGAGGCUGGCCCCGAAUUUGACGAUGAAGAUGAUAAUGCUGGCGACGAGAUGCAGAAUAGGGUUAAGAGUUAUUCUGAAGAACAAGAAGAACUAAAGCGCGAAUUUUUGAAUGCAGUGAAGGACGCAGAAAAUGACGAUGAGGAAGGUGACUUUUUGAAAGUGAAGGAUAAUGUGAAUAAAAUGGAUGAAGAGGAGGAUGAGAUUGGGGGCAAGUUGAAUGAGUAUUUUGGGGGAGAUGGGAAAUUGGACGAUGCUAGUAUGUUUUUGAAGGAUUAUAUUGGAAAAAGGAUGUGGAUUGAUGUUGAGAAAGGUAAGCGUGGUCUUGAGGAGGAGAUGAAUGAACUUUCAGAUGUGGAAGACUUGGAGGUUCAUGAGGAUUAUGAAAGAGAAUACAAUUUUAGGUUUGAGGAGAAUGCGGGCGAUCGGAUUCUGGGCCAUGCAAGAAAGAUUGAGGGAUCUGUGAGAAAGAAGGAUAAUGCAAGGAAGCAGCAGAGGGAAAGGAAAGAAGAGAGAAUUGCACAGGCGGCAGCUGAACAGAAAGAAGAGCUGAAGAGAUUGAAGAACUUGAAGAAAAAGGAAAUAAGAGAGAAGCUUGAUAAAAUUAGGGAGGUUGCGGGGAUUGCGGAGGAUGGUGCUGGCUUCCUGGACGAGGAUGAUUUGGAGGAUGAAUUUGAUCCUGACGAUUAUGAUAGAAAGAUGAAAGAAGCCUUUGGUGAUCGCUACUAUGAGGCAGAGGAUAUUGAUCCAAACUUUGCAAGUGACCAUGACGAAGAUGGGGCUGACAUUGAGAAGCCCAAUUUUGACAAGGAAGAUGAGCUGCUGGGACUCGCGAAGGGAUGGGAUGAAUUGGAGAAACCGGGUGAAGGUUUCAUGUCAACUAGGCAAAGGAUUUUGAAGGACAAAGUUGCAGACAGGGAUGAGAGUGAUGCUGAAGAUGACAGUGAAGAAGAACAUAAAGAAGGUAAGAGGAAGAGAAAGCGGAAGGCUAGUGAAGUAGAGAAAGCCGUUAGGGAGCAGCUAAUGGAGGAGUAUUAUAAGCUGGACUAUGAGGACACUGUAGGAGACUUGAAAACAAGAUUCAAGUACAAAACAGUGAAGCCUAAGAGAUAUGGGCUGACCCCAGAAGAGGUUCUGAUGAUGGAGGACAAGGAAUUGAAUCAGUAUGUUUCUCUGAAGAAGUUGGCUCCCUACAGGGAGAAGGAAUGGAAGGUGCCUCGUAUCAAAACCUUGCAGCUAAAAGAGACGUCCAAGAAAUUAAGCCAUGGCGAAGCAUCUGCUUCCAAUAAGAAAGAUAACAAGAAGAGAACCCAUGAAAUGGAAACUGAAAGGGAACCCAAAGGAGAGGGCCAGCAGCCUGCAGAAACAAGUGGAGAUAAUGGCAACAUAUCCAGACGGAGUAAGAGGAGAAAGCGUCAAGCUGAACUUAAAUUAUCGCGUUCCAGGCUUAUGGCUUAUGGGAAAAUACCCUCUAAAUCUAAGGCUAAAGAUCGGAAUAGAGCCUGAUGCUUGUUGUUCGGGGAAAGUUUUGCGCCAUAUUUCUAGAUAUUUUGCAGGCAGGAGUUCAAGAAUGUGCAAGAGUUAUGGCAUAUUGAUUAAUGUCUAUGCAGAUACUUAGCUUUUAGCUUUUAGCAAGACGGACUUGUUGAAGCUCACAUGAAGAUGAUUCAGCUUGAGUGUUACAUGAUUUUUCAAUGACAACACUGAAUCAUACAUAACCUUGCGACAUAGCAUUUUAUUACUUACUUUUCUUUCUGCCUUUCUUCUCAUAGUUUCAAAUCCAUACAGCUUCUUACAAUAUGGAUUUGAAUCCACACGAGGAUUGGAAUUUGUAUCAUGUCUUCCUUUGUAUUCUUGUUAUUCAACAUCAAGAUCUUGUGGUUCAUAUUGGAGUAAAUUCGAAAUACAUUAUGCAAAAGAAAUGAAGACCUUUAUUGAAA